AUGGGUUACUGUAUUCUUCUGCUGAUUGCUUCCGCUCUCGUAAGCAAAGUGCUGGCACAGUCGUGCCGAGAUGGAGGAGCAGGACCUUGCCUCGGAAAUAUGUGUCCAAUGCCGACAAUGACUUGUCUCACCAACAUCGAUUCCUGUUGCGAUAAUAGUCAGAUAAUCCCUGCUGCUACUGUGCCGCUAGUAACCACAGUUCCUCCAGUGAUCACAUUCCCUACGAUCCCAGUAGUUACUGUGGCAACUACAUUGAUUCCCACAACUUGCGUGGACAGAGUGAACGCUGCCACAGGCGUUUCCGAUUGCGCAUCAAUGGCGUCGUACUGCAACAACGCCGUCUACUACACUUUGAUGACCCAGCAGUGCCCAAGGACUUGUGGCCGUUGCACCUCGUCGUCCGUCACUAUCCCUUCUACCACCUGUGUGGAUUUGCUUAACCCCGCGACUGGCGUCUCGGAUUGUACCGCAAUGGCAUCGUAUUGCAACAAUGCGGCCUACUACACGCUGAUGACCCAACAGUGCCCAAGGACUUGUGGACGUUGCACAUCGUCUUCCGUUACUACUAUUUCAACAACUUGUGUGGACAAAGUGAAUGCAGCAACUGGAGUUUCCAAUUGUGCUGCUAUGGCGGGAUACUGUAAUAAUUCGGCCUACUACACAUUGAUGACGGAACAGUGCCCAAGAACAUGUGGACGCUGUACAUCUUCAAUCUCAAGCAUAUCCACGACAAGCAGUGAGUGCAUCCACUUCUGUACCAGCAUGGCCCACUAA